GCGUUAGACACUGCGUCCAAUUGUACGCGUGUGUAUACUCUUAUUCAACUUUGUGUGACUUUUCAAUAUUUAUUGCUUCUGGAUUAUACGUUACAACUUAAAAAAAUGAUUAAGAGUAUAUACGUUCUACUUAUCUUCAAUAGCCUGCUUUGGGGCGCACAAACGGGACUGGUGAAAGUUCCGAAGGUCUACAAUGCCAUUGUGUCGUCGAAACAGAACCUAUCACCAAGUCAGGCCAUUCCCGUUAUAGAACCUGUAUAUCGGACAUCCGCUUUAGGAGUCUUAUUUCCACCAGCUAUUAUUCACACAGUUGGCCAUCCUCUACAUGUAUCUGUUAAUCGACAUGCCAACGAACAUUCCGAUGAAAGAACUCAAACAGGAAGCAAGGAAAUUAAGGGAUCUUAUCAUGAAAUAAAAUACCAUGGUUCAUUGUAUCCUGUUGCUGUAGAUCCUUACUACGCCUACUCUUAUCAUAAUAAUCUACUUGUUCCCACUUUACCAAUUUACCAACAACCUUUCAUACCGCCGAAUAUUCCGAAACCGACGGAAGUGCAAGAAGAAAAGCGAGUAGAGGAGGCAACACAACACAAAGUCAAAGCAGCUAUAGAUUUUCAAAAGAAUCCUGAAGUCCCUGACGUACCGACACCCCCGCUGCCGGUCAGGAAUAAAACUCCUACGUCGCAAUAGAAUUUACAUAUGUUAACUCGAAGGAAUUCAAUUUCUUUUUCGAUAUUUAGUUACCAAUUUGUACAAAUAAGUGCAGUAAUGACACGCACGUACGUUAAAUGUUACUGUUACUGUAAUAUUCAACCAAAUAAAUAAGUGCAUGUGUUAGUAACAAUAAAGAAUUGCCAAUUAAAUCUGUUAUCUGAU